CAUUCUAGAAAGCCGACGCCCACUGCAUCAGACAAAGGGACAAAAUCAAUGGUUUAAUACAACUCGGAGUCAUGCUUGGUUUUGAAUAGGAUCCAGUCUAUGUAAGGAUAGUUUAUUGGGCUGCUGUAGGAAAUAAGGUACAUGAGGGUCAGUGUUUAAGGGUAGCGAUCGCGAAGCACUAGAGCAUAGGGACAGCCAAACCAUCAAGCUCGUCACCGCUUCAAACUUUGAUUUUUGUGCUUAUAUUGAUGGUGGCAGCUCAAGAAUGGAGUCGUUCAUUGAAGACAAAGUUGCGUUCACACCAAGCCAAGUAAUGUCGUGUUUAUACGGCCAGACGCCCGUCAGAGGCGUGGAGUUGAUGCUUACUCAACAAUUGGAUCAUCACCCAAAGAGUUCAGAGAUAAAAGAGGUAUCAAUCAAUGAUAGAAGACUCAGCAGUGCCCAGUACACCUCGAUCCUUCCUUCACCGCCAUUAUCACCACAGAAAACCCAUGCUGGUGACUUUGGUUGUAAAACCCUGUCAUCCUCAUUCGAAAGAGACAAUAAUCAACUCGUACUUUUAUCUGCAUGCACUCAAUCAACCAAUCAAGAGCAGCGUACAGACAAGCUGUGUAGCCGCGCAUUUACGUCAUUUCCACCAGGGCUCCAGUUGUGUACCUCCUCGUUACCAGGCCACGUGUUUGGGGUUCGCGCCACCACAGGAAUCCCUGCAGGUUUUAUUAUGGGCCCUUAUGAGGGUAAUAAAGUGAAGCCUGCGGAUGUGAACACGACCGCUGACAGCAGUUACAUGUGGGAGAUAUUUGAGAACGGUGUGUUAAGCUUUUUUGUCGACGCCAGCGACGAGUUCACGUCAAACUGGAUGCGUUUCGUCCGUAGCGCGCGAAACUCCACCGAGCAGAAUCUGUCAGCAAUACAGUUCCAGCAGGCCGUGUACUACCGUACCCUUCGCAGGAUAGUCCCAGGAGAGGAACUCCUAGUCUGGUACGACAAAAGCUACCCGCAGUAUCUUGGGAUACCCUUGGCCAGUAUUCACGGAUUACAGAGGUCGGUGAGUACCUCUGAGAUGGAUUUGAGGAAAGCGGCAAAACAAGGGCAAGGGUCCAACACCGAGACAGAGUCACGUGGGUGCGUACACCAGCACGCUUUGCUUGUUCGCAACAGAUCACUAGACAGUCAAUUCCGCAUAACGUCGUUCGAUAUGUCUCGUUACCCGAGCGAAACUCGAACCGACGUCGUUGUGCCUCCCGAAUUUUUGCAGAAGCAUUGCAGUUACCGAGGAGUUUCCGAUAGCUCUACGAAACAUUUUGUAAAUGAUAUUGUCAGCUUCGAGAGACCAGAAAAGCAAGAAGUGUCUUUAGGAAACAGGAUCGAAAUAAGGACACGGACAGCUUCCGAAUGUAGCGGAAACGUUUCGACUACUUCCGACGAGAAUCCGAGCCCCUUCGAAGAUGACGAAGAGCUAGCGAAGAUUGCAGAAGGCAGAGAAUCAAUAAGAAAAGAGACACCGAACACAAGCCCGACAGAAGAAGUUACAUCAUGGAAAUGUGCUCAGUGUGAAAAGAUCUUUCCUCAAAAAAUGACCCUGCAAAUGCACAAAUGCCCCAAGCUGGCAAAGAGGCCGUACCAAUGUGGCCACUGCACAGCGGCCUUCGCCAAUCCCUCAAACCUCCGAAGUCACGUGGUCAGUCACGUGAACGAAAAGCCAUUUAAGUGCGGAUUCUGCUCGCGGGCCUUUGCCGGAGCCACCACACUGAACAAUCAUAUUCGUAUGCAUACCGGACAGAAGCCCUACAGCUGCCAAAAGUGUGGCGUGACGUUUACCCAAGCGGCCUGUCACGCGCGUCACGUGAGGAACAGCAGGGAGUCAGGAGAAUGCUCCCCUGUGAAGGCAGUGCCGCUUGAGCUACUCGACCGUGGCAUUACUGAAGAAGGACAUUUUGAUUGAAAGGAGGCAAGACAAUCUAUACCAUGUGUUUUAGGAAACAGCGUAAGGCUUGUCUUUAUAAAAAGAAAGUGCCGUAAAAACAACAUCAAAUAUAUGAUUGAAAAACAUCCAUACAUAACAAAUAGUAGUUAUAAAUUAAACGAGUUUGAGCAAAAAAGGAAUUCGCCUUCACAACUUGCAUCCGUGUGGCUUAAACAAAUAAAGUAUAGUUCAAAAUAAUUUCAUCACAAACUUUUUAGCCCUUACUGCGAAGUGCGUCAUCCAUUCCAAGGUGCGCGAUCCACACUUCUCAUUUCGCGCCAAAAUCAGUUCUACAUUUACAUAUUUUAAGACACAGUAUGAUGAGAUACCCUUCUCUUAUUUAUGUAAAUGAACAUAUGCUUUCAAAAGCGUAAUUGCAAAUUCUCCUUCUAAGAUCGACCGCUGCUUAGUUAUGAUUAUUUGUGAGAUAAUAAAUAAACCAAUUGCAAAUUUUACCCAUAUUUUCUGCAUUCAGUUGAAAUAUCCAACACCCAUGUUAUCUUUUCGCACUGACAACAAUAUUAUGGGUACACAAUAUAUAUUUAUAAGAACUUUUUUUAUAAGAACGCUAAGCUUCAGAUUUCACCAUACCGAGGCUCAGAUAGCAGGAAAAUGUUGUUUUGGUAGUGUGAUGUGUUGUAAAAUGCGUAUUCGGAUUGUAUUUAUAAUAUCAACCUUAGAUACUAUUGUACGCUAUAAAUACAGCCUUCGAAAGAGUGUAGCUUGCCACCGGAAAUGAUUGGAUUUGCCUCGCUGGUUUUUAAUUCAUCUAAUAGAUAAAAUAUAUAUAUCUAAUAGAUAAAAUACCUAAAUCAAUAUCUUUGAAAAAAUGUUGUAAUAAAAUAAUGAUAACAACGUA